GGCUGGCAAAAAUUAUAGCCGAGCCGAGCCGGCCGAGCGUCAGUCACUCCUUCACGGCUCACUGUCAGUGUCACGUCGUCCAGUGCCGGUUAAACUCUCUCCUCUGGUCCACUACUUUGGAUUGCUCGAACGAGUCUGAACUAUAAAUCAGAAUGGCUAUCAACAAGGGGACCGUGAUCAAAAUAGUGGAAUUGGUGAUAGUGUGCAUCCUCAUAGGACUGCACUAUCACUCUGCUAGCGACAGAGGUCUGAACACUGCGAUGCUCACGAUGGGUGCCUUCGGUGGAUACCUAAUUAUUCUAGCGGGAUUAUUAUUCGCAAUCCUCUUGGGAGCUGCGCUUGAUCGACGAGUGGACAUGUUCUUCUCUGUGGUCGGUUUCAUUCUGUUCGUGGUCGUGGGUGGCCUGAUCAUCGAUCAUUUCGCGAACAUGUACCGUGGCUCCGUCCGUGACACCGGAAUUGCCAAGGGAUGCAUCAGCAUCGUCGAGGGGAUCGUGUUCCUGAUAGACGCGAUACUCGUGUACAGGGGACAAUAAAAUACCGAAUAAUUAGCUCGAUAAGUAAUCGUUAAGAAACCAACGUAAUUUGUUCAUUCAUUCUUGAUAGCGGCAUGGAGUGAACGGGUGAAAUUUUUGCUGAACGACGCGCUGCCGAAGAUGUGAGUGAAUCGAAUUCUUUGUUCGGAGAAAAAUCGCCUCGUCGAAUGUUCGAAGAGAGCGAAAAACGAGAAAAUUAAGUACAAGUAGACGCGAUAGACGUAGCUUUCGUUUAUCAUUUUUUAUACCUAUAAUAUAUGUAUGUGUAUAUGUGUAUCGGCCCGGAGAUGAUCGUUUCAUUACGUUUUCUAUUAAUCUGUGCGAUCGACGUAUUCGUUGAUUUAUAAGUUUGUAACGAAACCAAAAAAACUGUGCACCUUCAAUAAAUGCGAUCGUUCCAUUCGUC